AUGACGUGCCCUUUCAGCAACCCGAGAAACCUCUUCAAAGACCUCGCCAUAGCCCGAGAAACACAAAGUAUAGAAUACAGCGAGAAACUAGGAGGCUAUGCCAUCUCUCGGUACGACGAUAUAGUCUCAGUUCUAGACAAUCCCAGUGUUUUCAGCUCAAGGCCCACGGUACCCGAUUUCCCACCACAAGUCAAGCAAAUCUUUGCAAACAAGGUCCCGGAAAGGGGGACAUUGCUCGCGUAUGACAACCCUGAUCACGAUAGACUGCGAAAGAGCGUAGCAUCAUUCUUUGUGCCUAGAAGACUAGAGCGUUUUGAGCCUUUGUUGAGAGCAACAGCGCAUGAUCCGAUAGACGGGUUUGUGGAAAAGGGUUGUGCUGAUAUCAAGAGCAACUUUGCACUUCCAUUACCCCUAUGGACUAUCGUUAUAGUUGCUGGCCUUGAUCCAUCGAGAUGGCAAUGGAUUGGAAGAUGUCUAUCUCUAUUUGGAGGAAUUACUGAGAUGAACGAGGAGUUGAGCAUUGAGCAGCGAGUUUAA